AUUGCAUUUGUAACUAGAUUAUAAAUAAUUUUAUUUUAUACUAGUUAUUUUUGCAAUUAUAUUUUGCAUCAGUUUUAUAGAUAUUGACUAAUCACAUGUCCCCACGUUGUAUAGACGUGCAGUAUAUUAUAUAUAUAUUACUUACGUGUACUUUUCGUACUUACACAUCAUUUAAAAGUAGUGCAAUACAGCUAUAUAGUCUUUCUUAUGGUGCUAGAUGGAACUCUAACCUUCAUUUCUUCGAAUUUAUCAUAAAGAAAUUAUUAUAUUUUGUUGCUAUAUUUCAAAAAUAUAAUUAACAUAUUUCUAUAUUAUUGAGGUGUGAGUCAUUUACCGAAUAUUUGGAUCAAACAUGUCUUUAACUGAGAAAUUUGAGAAAGCAGCUGAAGAAGUUAAAGAAUUGGCAUCUACUCCUGCUGAUGCUGAUUUACUGGAACUUUAUGCACUUUAUAAACAAGCUUGUGUUGGAGAUUGCAAUACAGAACGCCCAGGAAUGUUAGACUUUAAAGGAAAAAAGAAAUGGGAUGCAUGGAAUGGAAAAAAAGGAAUAAAUCAAGAUGAAGCCAAAGAAAAAUAUGUCGCCAAAGUAAAGGAAUUGAUAGAGACUCUUGGAAAAAAAUAAAUUCUGAUGAGAAUACUGAUAAUACAUGGAAGCACAACUUGAAACAGUAUUCAUUGGCACUCGCUUAGCUUUUUAUAUAUUUUAUAUAUACAACUCUAUUUAGCUUCAAAAAAAUAUUCGAUAUGACAAAAGUCAAUUAAAUAUUCAAAAUUUAGUAAAAAAUAUCAUCACACAAGCAUUUUCAAAGGACAAGGAAUUGAAAAAUAAAAUUACAAUCAAUGGAUAU